GCCAUAAAAGCAGCAACGGAGUUCAAGCGCGACUUGGUGGUGCCAUCGACCAGCAGCCAGCCAGCCCUCAGCCAGCAGCCCGGCGUUCUCGCAGCAACGGGAACCCCCUGAGGGAGCGGGAGCAACCAGCUGACACCAGCUCGCGGCCCGUGGCCCCAAGCCAGCUAGCCAGGCCACCUACCUUACCGCAGCCACAACCCGCUUCCGCAAUGGUGGCCGUGGCCUACGUGGUGGGCUGCGUAUUCGCGGGGCUGUCGGGGGCGCUGCUGGCCACCCAGUCCGGCAUCAACAGCACGCUGGGGGCGGCGGUGGGCAAGAGCUUCGCAGCGGUGGUGUCGUUCGCGGUGGGGCUGGGGGCGCUGCUGGUGUUCUUCGCCAUUGACACGGCGGGGCUGGGGCACAAGGGGCCCUCGCUGGAGGCGGCGGCAGCCGUGCCCUGGUGGGGCUGGGUCGGCGGCUUCCUGGGCGCCUUCUACGUGGCGGUGGUGGUGGUGUACGCGCCGGUGCUGGGCGCCGCCACGCUCAUGGCGCUGUUCGUGUGCUGCCAGCUCGCCACCGCGGUGCUGCUGGACUCCAUGGGUUGGGUGGGGUUCAGGAAGCGCUCGCUGCACUGGGCCCGGCUGGUGGGUCUGGGCCUGAUGCUGGCGGGCGUGGUGCUGGUCACCUACUUCGACGGCUCCACAGCAGCGCCGGCGCCGGCGCCAGCGCCGCCGCCACUGCCAGGGCAGCCGCCAGGGCAGCCGCUGACUGCUAGCGGGCCGGUGGCCAGCGGCCGCGCUCUGGCGGAAGUUGCGUCGCCGCUCUACGGGUUGUCGGACUCCACGUCUACCUCUGUUGCCGGCGGUGUGACGGUGGCCCUGGCGACCUACAGCAAGGAGUCGGCGUCGGCCGGCGCGGUCACGGACUCGGAGACCGGUGCGCCGGGAGAGCGACGCAGUGGCGCCGCCGGGAGCAGGGGCAGGAGUGGGAAUGGCAGCAGCGGGGACUGCCAAGGGACGAAGGGUGAUGCGGAUGCAAACGUGUAGGCUUCGGCUCACGCCAAGUGUAGCCAUACUUUGGGAUCUUGAUUGGGACUGUAAGUGGCCGGUCGCGGCUUGGCGCAGUUGCCCCAGCGGGCCUGCACUACCCGCCCCAGAGCCGCGGAAGAAUGUCAGGGCGUGCUUGCUGUUUGGUGGGAGUGAUGUUGUGUGUUGUACCGCAGUGUGUUUGAUAAUGCCACGUGGUGCCAACGAAUGCGUGUGGGGACUACUGCAUAUUUUAUUCAUGCUGUUGUCAUGAUGAGGGACGUUGUGGCAAAGCAAUCGUUUGUGCAUGGCUGUUGUAGUUUGUGUGGUGAUGGGUGGGAACUCAAUCCGAUUCGGAGGUCCUUGCACUGGAAAUCAACAUUCAUGCUCAGGCGAUAGGCCGGUGCGCCGUCAUCUUAAGAUGAUUACUGAUAGCAAACAUGAUACGGGACGCACGGGUCGCUGGUGAACGUGCGAGUCGCAGCUUGGAUUCGAGGGCGUGUGGGGAGGCGUGGGCGCACUUCUCACACCUGCCAGAGGUGUCACCUCGCCGGCUCGCCCAUAUGCACUGCACGAUCCCAGGGAACUGACGGUCUAAGAGCCCGUUAAAUGUGCUGGGUGCCGCCGCCACUGCCGCUCCCGGGCCCCGGCCAGGGGACCAGUGAGGCAACGAUCUUGAAGCCGGUUGGGGCCCAAUGGGGCUGCAGCGAGGUCAAGUCGUUGCGCGCUGGGAAUCGGGGAUGAUCGCUGUUUGGGAGGGCCUGCGCAACGAGGUAACGACUAACGAGGCUUGGAACUAGGAGGAACGGGUGUGGAUCCACCGGGCCUAG